CCUUCACACUCUUCUCAACUCUUCCUCGACAAGUUUCGCUGUGUUUGUUUCCUCUCUGCGAAAUCGUUCUCUUCCGAUGCUGCAAACGAGUAAUCCAUCGCGAGUGUUUCGCGGUGUUCACUUCGUUCUCAUUGGGUUCGACCCCGUCACCGAAAGCAAGAUUCGAUUCAAGCUUGUGAAUGGCGGUGGAGUUGAUGUAGGCCAGUACAGUGGGAGAUGCACGCAUGUUAUUGUUGAUAACAUUGCAUAUGAUGAUCCUGUGUGUGUUGCGGCCAGACGUGAUGGGAAGACGCUGGUCACUGCACUGUGGGUUGAACACAGUGCUGAUGUUGGAAUGACGGUUGAUUCUGCCUCGGUUAUGUACAGACCACCCAAAGAUUUAAAUGGUAUACCGGGUGCGAACGAAUUGAUUAUGUGCCUGACUGGUUAUCUACGCCAGGAUCGGGAUGACAUUAUGACAAUGGUUGGCCUUAUGGGGGCACAGUUUUCUAAACCAUUGGUGGCAAACAAGGUUACUCAUCUAAUAUGCUACAAAUUUGAAGGGGAGAAGUACGAGCUUGCCAAGAAAAUGGGCACGAUAAAGCUAGUUAAUCAUCGUUGGUUGGAAGAUUGCUUGAAGGAUUGGGUGCUUCUUCCUGAAGACAAAUAUAACAAGAGCGGUUUUGAGCUAGAGAUGGUGGAGGAGGCUAAGGAUUCUGAGGACGAGGCUGAAGCUUCCAAGCUUGAGCAAUCAGGUGGAAGAGAUAGAAACAAAAGUCCUCUUAGUUCGAAACUUGGCAUAGCUGCGAUUCAUGGAUCUUCAAAAUCAGUAAGAGAGACAUCAAACCUCGUCUCAGAUUCUACUGGUGUACAGGUUUUGCCAAAUGUCAAUAAGGUUACAGAGUCUUCACCCUCUCCAAGAAAAAAGAAUAGAUCUGAUCAAGACUUAGGUUUGCAUAAUGUUGAUGACCCGAAGAUAAGCUGCAAGGCUUCUGAUGUUUCUUUGCAUUCUACAUCAUAUCAGCUACCUGAAACAUUUGUUAACAUCAAUGAGUCUAAGAAAGCUGAUUUUCCAGAGGAGCUCAAACGGGAAGAAUUUUGCAAUAUUGGAAACACAAAUCAAUCAGGCCAGCAACCUGAUCUGCGUGAUCAUUCUUCAGAGUCCAAGAAGUCUGUACGUGAUGUGAGAUCAACUUCUGCAAAUGCUGAAGGUCUUGUGCAUUCAGAGGAAAAGCCUAGUGCUAUGAGUUCUUCUAGGAAGAACCAAAAGAGAUUUGCUCGUCCAAGGAACUUAGAUGAUUGCUCUGGCAGAGAAGGCAGCAGCCAUGAAACCUCCUUCACCGAGGUAGAAAAGGCAAGUGGGGGAAUCAAAUCUACCUCUGUCAAAGGUUCUCGGAAAGGAAAUGAUUUUAUUAAAGGGGAUGAGCCAACUAGUUUAUUGCCUCAAAAGAGGAUAAAUGAAGCUUCGUCUGCUAAAUUAAAAUCAAGAAAAGUGUCUACUGAUACAAAGUUGUCCGUUGAAAGAGUCCCACUAACAAAUGGUAAAUCUGAAGGAUUAAAAGUAACAUCUGCUGUUGAUGAAUCUAUCUCAAGAAAUGCUAGCUCAGAGUCUGCUCAAUGUGAUAAUGUCCAUCAGAAUUCACCACAAAUGGUUGUUCAGAGCUCAAGUAAGUCUAAAGUUAAUAGUGAGCCUGAUAUCACAGCUUUUGGAACAGGACAAGAUGCUGAUGAAGUAGGGAAACUUAAUGUUACUAAAGAUAAGUGUUGUCCAUCACCAGGAAACAAAAUGUUGCUGAAUGAGGAGUCCGCUGGUAUUGAUAAUUUGGAUAUUAACAAUGAAGAAAGUAAUAAGCCUAGAAAAAAAUCACCCCGCAAGAAGUCGGUGGCCAAAAGAAGUUGGGGUUCUAAACCCAAAACAGGUGUCGCUGCAAAACUGAAAACUUCAGCUUCCUUGAAUAAAACUACCACGCAAGGUGGAGGUAUAGAAUUUUCCUGUGGGGGCAAAGAGGUAGCAAAACUGAAAACUUCAGCUUCCUUGAAUAAAACUACCACGCAAGGUGGAGGUAUAGAAUUUUCCAGUGGGGGCAAAGAGGUAGCAACUUGUGGUCCCCAAAAGCAUGAGGCAUCCCCUCAAAUCCUUGAUGCUAAUAAAUUGAAGGAACAAGAAACUGCUGGUAACUAUGCAGAAGAUGCUGGUGUCAGAACUGAAUUUUUGGAUGACGAAACAGAGGCUCCAGAUGACAAAUGUGAAAAUCUGUUCGGAUUGUCUCUUGAUGAAGAUUCAGUUCAUCUUUCAAAGAAGGAGGACACUUCAGCAGAAGAAAAGUCAGAAGUUAUUCAUGGAAAAAAAAGUGAAGAAGCAAUGCCUCCUAAGAAAAGCACAAAUGAAGCUGAAAAACAGAAUCUAACUUCACCGGUUGACUCAAUCUCAAAGUCAAAAGUGAAGCAUCAAGCAAGAAAGCGCCCUGCAGGUAAAACCAAAAAGGCCACAGUUGCAAAGGAUUUAUCAAAAUCUGGUAAGGCAGUAUCUGAAGAGAAUAUCCCAAAUGGGACGAGAGAUGAGGCACAAAUAGAAAUUGAGGAAGAAAUAUUCCUAACUGCUGAUGUAAGUGACAACUCAACUGUGCUGAGAAAUAAAUCAGAGAAUUCUAUUGAAGACGAGAAGGAGAAUAGACCAAUUGAUAAAGAGCAAGAUGUAAUGGGAGGCAGAAAGGUUGGAAAUAAAUCUAGUGUAAAGCCAGCAAAGAUCAACUCUAAGAAAAUGGGGCUCAAUCCUUCCAUAUCUGAAUCUAAAGCAAGAGCCAUAACUGAGGCCAGAUGUUUUAUAUUAAGUGGGCAUCGUCUUCAGAGAAAGGAGUUUCAACAAGUAAUCAAGCGUUUGAAAGGGAGGGUUUGCCGGGAUUCUCAUCAGUGGUCGUAUCAGGCGACACACUUCAUAGCUCCAGAUCCUUUACGCAGAACAGAGAAAUUUUUUGCGGCUGCUGCAUCAGGAAGGUGGAUUCUUACAACUGAUUUUUUAACGGCAAGUAGCCAGGCAGGAAAGCUCUUGCCAGAGGAGCCUUAUGAGUGGCACAAGACUGGUCUCAACGAGGAUGGUGCAAUCAACAUGGAGGCUCCAAGAAAGUGGCGGCUCUUGAGGGAAAGAACCGGUCAUGGCGCCUUCUACGGGAUGCGCAUUGUUGUAUACGGCGAUUGUAUCACCCCGCCUUUGGAUACACUGAAGCGAGUGGUCAAAGCUGGAGAUGGAACAAUAUUAGCAACUUCUCCACCAUAUACUCGCUUCCUUGGCACCGGGAUCGACUAUGCCAUAAUUAGCCCUGGCAUGCCACGUGUUGAUAUAUGGGUCCAAGAGUUCUUAAAACAUGAGAUACCUUGUAUUGUUGCGGACUACUUGGUCGAGUAUGUCUGCAAGCCUGGGUUCCCCCUCGAGAGACAUGUAUUAUAUGGUACUAAUACUUGGGCAGAGAGGUCAUAUGCAAACCUUCAAAGUAGGGCAGAAGAGGUUCUUGAGGAGGUCAUUCCUGAGGAUUUCAGUGCUGGUGAUAUACCUUGCCAAGUAUGUGGAUCCAGGGACAGAGGAGAUGUAAUGCUAAUUUGUGGUGAUGAAAGUGGCUCCCUUGGCUGUGGAAUUGGUACUCAUAUCGAUUGCUGCGAUCCUCCAUUGCCAGAAGUUCCUGAGGAGGAUUGGUUCUGUCCAAAAUGCAGUAGCACCCAAAACUGGUCAAACAAUCCAGCUAAAAAGAAAAAGCGUGCACUGUCUUUAUCUAAGAGUAAGUGAAUUCAUUCUCCCGUUUUACUCAGUCACCGCAGGCAUGUAUUGUACCAAUAAUUAGACCCUGGUCACUGAAGAUUUGAGUCUUAACUGUUCCUAGAUAGCUGUCAUAAUAAUUAUGUACAUUUCUUUGGUAAACAAAUUAGUGUUGAUUUACAUGUUUGGGCAAAUAUGCAUUCAGCGGUAUAUGGCAAAUGAGUUUUUGAAAUAC